AUGGAGAUCGACAGCCUCAGAGAGGGAUUUGAUCGAGUUGCUGAGAAACGUUCAUUAUCUUCUGCUAAAGCUCUGGAAGCUGUUGAUCAAAUAGUGAAUGAAGUUGAGCAGGCUAUUGUGAAGCUGCAGAUGAUGAAUACAGAUUCUACUGGAAAUGUUGACCACCCAUCUAUCCUCGCAGAACUGAAAGCUAAGCUGAAUGAAAUGGCACCUUUAAACCAACUUGAAGGCAGCCAAAAGGAGCUCAAUGGUGCCCUGAGCAAAUAUCUCAAGGUCCUUGAGAAGUCUUUCAAUCCAGAUAUAUCUAAGGCAUACAGAAAUGUGGAUUUUGAGGUUCAUACAGUAAACAAUAUCAUAGCGAAUCAUUUCUACCGCCAAGGCCUCUUUGAUCUUGGUGAUAUAUUCAUCCAUGAUUGUGGGGAAUUAGGUGGAGCUUCCUUGAAGCUACCAUUUCAGGAGAUGUAUGCUAUCCUUGAAGCCAUGAAAGCGAGAAACCUUGAGCCUGCCCUCAGUUGGGCUGCCAAAAACCAUGACCAGCUGUUGCAGAAUGGGUCUAUGCUGGAGUUCAAGCUUUAUCAGCUUCAGUUUGUUGAAAUACUGUCCAAAGGAAGUAGGGAUGAGGCCAAAGAUGACGCUCUUUUAUAUGCUAGGACUCACUUGGUCCCCUUUGCAGCCGUGCACAAGGAAGAAUUCCAGAAGCUAAUGGCUUGCCUUCUAUGGGUUGGCCGGUUGGAUCAAUCCCCAUAUUCUGAGUUAAUGUCAUCCGCGCAUUGGGAGAAGUUAGCUGAGGAGCUCACCUAUCAAUUCUGUAGCCUUCUGGGCCAGUCUAGGGAGAGCCCACUGAGUGUUGCAGUAUCAGCUGGUUUUCAAGGACUACCGACUCUGCUGAAGCUGACACAAGUCAUGGCUGCGAAGAAGCAGGAAUGGCAAGUUAUGAAGCAGCUCCCUGUCCCCAUAGACAUCGGGCCAGAAUUUCAGUAUCACUCUGUCUUUGUGUGCCCGGUGCUGAGGGAGCAGUCCAGUGACGAGAACCCCCCAAUGCGGAUGCCUUGUGGACAUGUUGUCUCCAAGCAGUCCAUCAUGAAGCUGUCGAAAAACAGCUCGAGGCCCUUCAAGUGCCCCUACUGCCCCUCGGAGGCUGUGGCGUCGCAUUGCAAGCAGCUGCAUUUCUAG